UGUGGGAAUAUGAAAUACGGAACUUGAUUUUUCAAUCGGCCAUAGUAGAAAAUGGCGAUCGCGAAGAAUUUUAUGUGAACGAAUGUGCUUGCAUUUAGUGCGCGUACAGUGUAUUUAAUAGUAAAAUCGAGACAAUUUAAACGUUCAUAGUUGAAUUGAAAUGCCAACAUGCAGAAUGUUUCGCAAGAAUCCUCUACAGAUAAUCCGAAAAUAGAUAAAGUGACUGUUCUACACGAACUAGGGAACUCAUCGUCUACUCCCCAAUCGACGACAUCCAAUUCAAGUCCAGCUAAAUCAGAAACAGAAACGUAUUCCGAACAUCGCAGAUAUAUGUCAGAAACAUCAGAAAGCGAGGAAGAUAGUGUAUCAGAGGUGGAAUCAUUUAUGAUUGAUCAGGAGUUCGAAGACGAUCCCCAAGUAGAGGCGGCCAAAUUUCUCUUGAACCCUGACGAAGACCGAGCCGUAGAUCCCGAAACCCAGGCGAGACUAGAGCAGCUCUUACAAGCAGCCGGUAUUGGCCAGCUAGCCGCCAAAGAUGGUAAGCAUUUAGGCGACCCCGAAGUGCUUCGCCGUCUCACAUCCAGUGUAAGUUGUGCAUUAGACGAAGCCGCAGCUGCGCUGACGCGCAUGCGCUCCGAUAAUCCACCGAACAGAUCCAGUAACACCAGUAACGGCAGUACCGCCUCAGCUGCGACAGUAGCGAACGGAACGAACGGUCAAGCCGGCCAAACACAACAACUCACACAGCAGCAGUCAGAGAAGACUUCUUUGGUUGAGGCGUGUACCGAUGGUGAUGUCCGAACUGUGAGAAAACUGCUCACAGAAGGUCGAUCCGUACACGAAACUUCCGAAGAGGGGGAAAGUUUGCUUUCGUUGGCGUGCAGUGCUGGAUAUUUCGAACUUGCACAGGUGCUUUUAGCAAUGCAUGCAAAUGUAGAAGAUAGGGGCAUCAAAGGGGAGUGCACCCCUUUGAUGGAAGCUGCUUCAGCCGGACAUCUCGACAUUGUCAGACUUCUGGUAGCUCACGGUGCAGACGUUAACGCUCAGUCAACAUCAGGCAAUACCCCCCUGAUGUACGGCUGCGCAGGAGGUCACACCGAAGUAGUUAAGUUCCUUCUAGAAAACGGCGCCAACGUUGAAGACCACAACGAGAACGGCCACACGCCCUUGAUGGAGGCGGCGUCGGCCGGUCAUGUCGGUCUCGCUAAGAUCCUGCUCAGCCACGGCGCCGGCAUCAACACCCAUUCCAACGAGUUUAAGGAGUCCGCACUCACGUUAGCUUGUUAUAAAGGCCACCUGGACAUGGUUAGGUUCCUAUUAGAGGCAGGCGCCGACCAGGAACAUAAAACCGACGAAAUGCAUACCGCGCUCAUGGAAGCCUCCAUGGACGGGCAUGUCGAGGUGGCCAGACUACUCCUUGAUUCCGGCGCCCAAGUGAACAUGCCCACGGACAGUUUCGAAUCGCCACUAACUCUAGCAGCUUGCGGCGGCCACGUCGAUCUGGCCAUGCUUCUCAUCGAGAGGGGCGCUAACAUAGAAGAAGUCAAUGAUGAGGGAUACACUCCGCUCAUGGAGGCUGCUAGGGAAGGUCACGAAGAAAUGGUUCACCUUUUACUGGGUCAAGGUGCAAACAUAAACGCUCAAACAGACGAGACUCAAGAAACAGCUCUAACGUUAGCGUGCUGUGGCGGUUUUAUGGAAGUAGCAGAUAUCCUUCUCAAAGGAGGAGCGGACAUCGAACUAGGAGCGUCCACACCGUUAAUGGAAGCUGCUCAAGAAGGCCAUCUAGAUCUUGUUAGAUUCCUAUUGGAAAAUGCAGCCAAUUUUCACGCCCAAACGCAGACGGGUGACACGGCGUUGACUUAUGCUUGUGAAAACGGCCAUACCGACGUCGCGGAUCUGUUACUACAGUAUGGGGCAGACUUAGAGCACGAGUCGGAGGGAGGAAGGACUCCUCUUAUGAAGGCUUGUCGUGCUGGGCAUAUGUGCACUGUGCAGUUCCUUAUAUCCAAAGGAGCUAAUGUUAGGCGUCAAACCACCAACAACGACCACACCCCACUCUCGCUCGCCUGUGCAGGAGGCCACCUUCCCGUCGUCGAGCUCCUGUUGAGCCACAACGCCGAUCCCAACCACAAACUGAAAGACAACUCCACCAUGUUGAUCGAAGCUGCCAAAGGGGGCCACACCAACGUUGUGCAACUGCUUCUUGACUACCCUCACUCGAUGCAACCUAUGAUGCUUAAUCAGCACCAGCAAGGGGCCACGGCUGCUACCAAUUUGUCCAUGUUACCCGGCCAGGUUGGUAGUAGAGAUUCACCUUUACCGCCGGGCACCCUAGCGCCCAGCUUGCCUACGCAGCCCAUCAAUUUCUUCCAACCGCCAACAGCCGUUUUACAAGAAGUUCCCGACGCAGUCCGUAUAAUACAGCAAGAAGAAGCAACCAAUUCGCCGAUAGACUCAAAUAAACAAGUCCAGCAGCAGCCCAGUAGGAAUUCAGAUCAGUCGAAAGUUUCGGUGGGUAGGAAAAUUUUACCGAAAAGUCGAUCGACUGGAGCCGUGUUCGAUGGGAAUCUCACAUCUGCCGAAGCCCAACAGGUGCGGACGCAGCCCCUCGAAUUCGAAGACGAAGUUUUCAUGGCGAACGCCGCCGCCGUGGAUUUUUUAAACAAGGACGAGCCCAACAACUCGCUCAUAGACUUCAUUAAGAACAGGAAAAAACAACAAUUUAGCGGGAACGGUGAGGAGGGAUCGAGCCAGAAACAACAAAUUCUCGAGGAAUUACAUCGAGUGGAAAGGGAUCUUCAUGGCAAAACGCAAGCUCAUAACCACGUUUUUCAAUACGGUAUAUCUCAAGAACAGUGUCCUACUGCUACUAACAAUAACACACUGCCCCACAUGCUGAAUAUCGACAUCGCUAUGCAACAACAGAAGCAGCAAGGGUUGGGUACUGGCAUGCUGGCAAAUACGCUCUUUCCCGGACAAAAUCUUCAAGUCCACAAUGCUUUCUACACAGGCGGUACUCAAUGUCUACAAGCGGGGGCGGCCGCCAAGCUGCAAACCGCCGCGACUGAUACCGGCACCUUCGUUCAGCAAAACCAAAAACAGCCGAACUCGCAGCAACCGUCGCAGCAGCAGCAGCAACCCUAUUACUUUUCGCCGAUGCCCAAUACCUCUUCGGCGUCCGUCGCUGUCAGCUUAGCCACUGCCAAUGGAAGCGUCGUCGCAGCGGGCGGGACGGGCCAACCUGUGACAAAUGUAACUGCGGUUUCGACGAAUACCAAUCAACAGCCCGCUGCUGCCCCUGCCCAGGUUAAGUUCCCGGCGGUCACGUCGCAUGCGGACGUCAGCCAGAAUACAGCGAUCAGCGAUCGACCCAAAGCGAAGCCGGUCUCGAAAAAAGAAGGCAAGAAUCUACGAAAGCAGCAAUCCGCUUUACAGCAACAACAAACGGUGAUACAGCAGCAACAAACGGUGAUCCAACAACAGCAGCAGCAGCAACAACAAUCUCAAGAGCAAGUACAGGCGACUUUCCAAUCGAACCUCUAUGCCCAACAACCGUCUCAGUUUUUCGGCCAGUUACACCAUUUGCCGACACCGCAGCAGCUACAGGUGCAACAGCCGCAGUUCCAACAGCAGGAUAAUAAAGUCAUUGCCCAGCAGGAAAUUUUAAAUGUUCAAGGUCUCGAUUUAGCAUCAAUCGAUGAAGAUACCGUGAUAUUAAAGAACGACAACCACGAAAAUUUCUUGACUGCGUCUAUACUGCAGCAGUUUCAUAGUUCUUCUAUUCCUGCUUUAAGGGCUACGUUCGUUGGUUCACCUCAAAAGACUCGUCUUGAACUUUAUGACCAUUCAGAAGAAGGUAGCAAAGUCACCAAGUUGGAGCUUUCGGAUUCAAACCUACCAUCAGUUGAAGAAGUGGUCCAACAGCUCGAGUCUUUUAACACCACAGAAGUUAGCGAACAAAACCUUUCUCAGCAUAAUCUACAGGUGCAACCGUAUCCCAGUGCUUUGGAUGAAUCUAUGAUAGCUUCUCUGGCUGCGCAACAAGACCUGCCUGCUCAAGCAGAUCUGUCUCGGGUGGAAUAUUUCGCUGUACCAACAAACACCUCUCAAGUUCCUGUCCACGCCUUAUAUCCCUACGAACACUACUUAGGCGCAGGGCUUCCCAAAGAUCAACUCUUUCAAGCGGGCUUUCAAGCAGGCUACAGCCUCAUGCAACAACAGCUAGCGUGUCCCAAUGCCAGCGCAACAGACACCUUAACCACUACCAAUAUCGUUCCGACUUCUGUGGGUCCCGUGCCAGGAACCUCCACGCAGCAGUACAUUACACCUCAGCAACAACCUGUUUGCACGCCUGCGCAGACGCCUUGCAACCACCUAGGGGGAGCUGCUGUCUCAUUACAACAAACCCACCACUGCCAAAUGCCUUGCAGUCAACACCAAUCACACCAACAGACCAACCAGGUGCAAGCUGCCACCCAGACGGCCCAGGGUACACAAGCUGUCGGUGGAGAUAAUACCAAGAAGGUUGUUAAGAGUAGUGGUGGGGAUGGUAUUAAGUUUAAGAAAGGAAGAAUGGUGCGGAAUCCUCUUGCUGUGCAGAAUUCUGGCACUUUUCCCCCUAGCCAAAAUUACCAAAUUGAUCAUAAUUCUGCGAUAACCCAGUAUAGUACCAGUCAGCAACAAGGACCCAAUCCAGUGAUGGCUUCGUGCAUGGACGUAGACUCGGAAACGGAAAGCAACCAUGAUACCGCUUUAACCCUCGCAUGCGCUGGAGGCCACGAAGAGCUAGUAGAACUGUUGAUAAGCCGUGGCGCAGACAUAGAACACCGUGAUAAGAAAGGCUUUACACCGUUGAUACUUGCUGCUACUGCUGGCCACGAGAAAGUCGUCGAAAUCCUACUGAACCAUAACGCCGACAUCGAGGCGCAAUCUGAAAGAACUAAAGACACUCCUCUCAGUUUGGCGUGCUCGGGGGGACGCUACGAAGUGGUGGAGCUUCUCUUGAAUAGAAAUGCUAACAAGGAACAUAGAAACGUAUCUGACUACACUCCUCUUAGCUUGGCCGCUUCUGGCGGCUACGUCAACAUAAUAAAACUUCUUCUUAGUCACGGAGCUGAAAUAAAUUCCCGUACCGGAUCGAAAUUAGGUAUUUCUCCUCUAAUGUUGGCUGCCAUGAACGGCCAUACAGCAGCUGUUAAGCUCCUCUUAGAUAUGGGUAGUGACAUAAACGCGCAAAUAGAAACUAAUAGGAAUACCGCUUUAACGUUGGCUUGUUUUCAAGGAAGGCACGAAGUGGUCAGUCUUCUGCUUGAUAGGAAGGCGAAUGUCGAACAUAGAGCUAAGACUGGACUUACACCGCUCAUGGAGGCCGCUAGUGGCGGUUACGUAGACGUAGGUAGGGUUCUUUUAGAUAAGGGAGCCGACGUGAACGCUACCCCUGUACCCUCUUCUCGAGAUACCGCGCUAACGAUCGCUGCCGACAAAGGCCACGUCCGAUUCGUCGAACUGUUGCUCUGUAGAGGAGCGCAAGUCGAAGUAAAGAAUAAGAAAGGGAACUCUCCGCUUUGGCUAGCUGCCAACGGUGGCCAUUUGCCCGUCGUAGAACUACUUUAUAAUGUCAAGGCUGACAUCGAUUCUCAAGAUAACCGCAAAGUAUCGUGUCUGAUGGCCGCAUUUAGAAAAGGCCAUUUUAAAGUAGUGAAAUGGAUGGUACACCACGUCACGCAGUUCCCCAGUGAUCAAGAGAUGAUGCGGUACAACGCUACAGUCAGUGAUAAAGAGCUUUUAGAGAAAUGCCAGGAAUGCGUGAAGAUCAUACGCGCCGCUAAGGAAACCCAAGCAGCCAAAGCCAAUAAGAAUGCAUCGAUCUUAUUAGAAGAACUAGAGUCUGAGAAAACUAGGGAGGAAUCUAAGCGGCUUGCAGCUGCUAGAAGGCGGGAAAGAAAGAAGAAGAAGAAGUUAGAGAAGAAAGAGGAAAGAAGAAAACUAUUAGAAGAGAACAAGAAGAACGAGAACUACGACGAUAAAGGUGAUUCGAAAGAUGAAGAGAAGGUGGAAGAGGAGGAAAGUAGUGUCCCGGAAGUCAAUCCUACUAUUCGCAACGGAGAUUCAAACGAUAAAGAGGAAGGUGAUAGCGGCAUAGACGCCAACAGUCAAGGGAGUUGUUCUAGCGCCGAUCUAAAAUCAAAAGAUAAACGUAAGGAAAAGAAGAAGAAAAAGACUAAUAUGAAGAAUAAUGAUCUGCAUAGCCGAUCCAAAGCAAGUUCCAGCAAAAAUGCAGAAAAGAAAACGGGUGAUCAAUCUGAGCAAGAAACGCCCGAAAAGAACGACAAAAGUCCAGAGAGCAAAUCCAAACAGAGUUCGUCAGUUAGAAAAGUGAUAGCUUUCCAUCAGAUCAAGUCACCGGCGGAUAGAGACGAUUUCGAAGCCACUGGCAACGAAGUCUACGUUUCUACCAAGAAAACCAAGCCGGUAUAUGACGAACCUCCCGCUCAAACUACUACUACGAAGAGUUCAACUAGUCCCAAACAGUCUAGUAAACGCGAAGAAGGGUGGAAAGAAGUGGUUAGGAAAUCUUCAGUCCAAACCCUGACCGCUUCCGAGUCUGGUGUUAAGAAGGUGUCAGUUCCUUUGAAUGCUAUAUCUAGGGUAAUUGGUAGAGGUGGAAGUAAUAUUAAUGCGAUUAGGGGAGCUACAGGCGCGCAUAUAGAAGUCGAGAAGCAGAGCAAGGGUCAAGGAGAGAGAAUUAUUACUAUCAAGGGUUCAGCAGAUGCCACUAAACAAGCUCAUAACCUUAUUGCCACACUAAUAAAAGAUCCCGACGUCGAUAUUUUAUCCAUGUUGCCCAAAUCAACCAAAAGUACUACUAUAGCAACCACACUUUGGGACAAAACUCAAAUUGGGACAAAGAAGAAUGUGGGUAAAACAGUGGUAGUAAGCUCGAGCACAACGUCUGUAACUCACGCAAAGGUAACACAGACAACGGCUACGGCUACAAUAGCAACAAAUAGGUUUUCAACGACAACUGCUGCGAAGCCUCGCACUACCAAUACCACCGUGCAGGUACGGGCAACGGCCCCAAGGCUCGUAGCCCAAGCGGAAAAGAACGCAGCUGCACAGGCGCAGAAUCAAAGCGUGCGAACCUCGAUUUCUCACCCAACCUCUGUAUCGAGCCGACUGCCGAUGACAUCUAAAGUGAUAACCUCAUCCAUCAAUCAAACUUUUGCAGCCAAACUAACGGAGACGUCAUCUUCUGGCCAAUUGAUGAUCAACACCAGUCACAGCGUGCCUAGCAAGGUGUCCCGGGUGCUGGUCGUGCCCCAAUCCAUACCCGGCCCAGUUUCGCCCCAGUUACCAUCUUCUAGUUCAGCUAAUACACAAUCUUCGCCAAAUAGGAACGCAAGACCGCCGCCUACGGCGUCAGCACCACCUAACAUGCAGCAUUUCCAGAGCCCAGGAAAGGUGGCACCAAUGUUCUCUGCGACUGCUCAUAAUAACACUGCCCCACAAAUGGAACCAAUGCCUAACAACAUCAGGAGUUCGACGCCUAACGGUGCAUUACAUUUAAGUAAUGCGGCAGUACCUCAACAACUAGUCCAGGAAGAAGCGCCCAACCUUCAAGCGACCUCGGAAUAUUCUUUGUUCUUUGCGGGCGGAGAUCACUGGAACCGCAGAGAGCAAGAAUCUCAGAAACCCGUUAAUUUCGCCGCCGUCACCGGAGGUUCGAAUUCUCAGUCGACCGCCCAGCAUAAAUUCAUCGACCAAGAACCGCCUCCGCAGGUUGAUGCUUCGAAAGCGCCCGGAUAUAGAGGAGCGGCUGUUUGUUCGCCGGUGUCUUCAAAGGCGAGCAGCAACAGCACAACACCGCCCAAUAUAUCCGCCAACAAUUACAAUUACCAAGAACAGACCAAAGCGCAGAAUCCAUUACCACCCAUCGGCAGCAACGUCGCCCACAACAGGCCUCCGGUGUCUCAAAACAAUCCCGGGAUCUUUGACGAAUUGUUCAAACACGGCGGCAACAACAUUCCAAACAUGCUGAACUUGGCCAACGACAGUCAUCUGCUGCAGUCUAGCUACAACCCUAUGCCGAAUUUGAAUUUCUCACAACAACAGCAGCACCAACAACAAACAGCCAGCAUGUCCCGCCUUAAUCCCAAAGCUCCCGAGUACUCGAGCUACAACAUCCAGCAAAACAAACCCGCGCCACACAUGUACAACGGCUACCAGAACAACAUGUACAUGCCGAAACAACAACAGCAGCAACAAGGAGUGGAUAAUUACCAUAGAACUCCUGGUGGUGGAGUAGGAGGUCUCAGCUCUUCUCAGAACCGUAUAUGGAUGCAAAUGCAGCCUCCUUUUACUCCUCAGCAGCAAUCUGAACUGAUCAGCGGCAUUGCCGGCAUGACGUUGCAGAACAUUGCCAAGUUCACGAACGCUGGGAACGAAGUGUUGGAAAAUGGCGGAGAACUAGAACUUGUAGGUAUAGUAAACAACUCUCCGAAUAUGUCACCGAACAUGCCGCCAGCUGCGCACAAUUACCAUCCCGAGAGUAUGUACGGCGUGGAAGAUAGGAAACCUCCGCAGCCGAUAGGAACCGGAAGGAAGGCGUACGCCAACCAAAUGGAGAAUUGGAGGACCAACGAUAAGACCGACAAAUGGGCGUUGGGCAAUAACACGGAUUUUUCGAUGAGAAAUCCUCAAAUGUACGAUGAUUUACCACCUGUGGAUUUUUCGCGAAUGCCUCCGUUAGACACUUCCCACGGCUUCAUAAACGGCCCACAAUAUUACAACCAACCGCAGAUUAACGCGGUCCAUCGUGAAUUUAUACAAGAUAUCUCAAAAUUGGACCUUUCUUCUUGGGAUAACACACCCCGACCUAUACCGGAGCUUCAAGAUAAGCCACAGGGGUGGACCAAGUGGAACCCGUAACCAUACAAGGAAAACAUGAACUAUAAGCGUCUUUUAAUUAAGUCCAAAAACCGUGCGAAAAUUAGCUUCUCUCUUUGUGAUUUUUGACUACCAACUUUUUGCAGUAGAUACUAGAUCUAGUUUUUUUCUUUUAAUUUUUUUGUUAUUGAUAUAAUCUGAUCGUACUUUGGCCCAUUAUACAGGUCAAAAACAUUCUGGCAAAUGUUUGUAAUAAAAGAGUCUUCACGUAUGUCGUUUUAACGCAUUCGCUGUAUAUAAAAUGAUUAUUGAGAAGACCCAUUACUUGUAGUUACUUGCAUAUGAUUUUUCUUUUAUAACCGCUUAUAGUUUGGAUACAUUUUAUCGAAUUUGUAGCAAGAGGAGUUUUUCAAAUUGAGGAAAAAGCUGAGAGCGGGACGGGGGGUGGCAAUCUCCCGUCCCCUCUAGCUGGGAAAAACAUAGACAUUAAUUAUAAAAAUUAUACUAAAUAAUAUGUAAAAUGUAGUAGUUGCGCAAAUUAAACAAAAAAGGUUAUGAGGGAUUGGCGAUUAAGGGACAAGUAUAUACUUGUGAUUCAUUGUUCUCUUAUCGAAUAUAUAUUUUCUUUCCUAUGUGGUUUAAGUCCGUAAGGUGUUUGUUUGCCAUUCUAUGAAAUGUUGCGCCUGGCACAACAAGCACGUACGCGUUGGGAUGGGGAUGGGGAUACGCUCUGUUCCCGUUCAAUUCCCGUAGGACUAAUAAUUAUACGGAAACUUAUGUAAUAUUUGCUUGUACAUGAAGACUUAAAUAUAUCUUUAUGCACUGUAA